AUGGCUCCCGUUUCCCAGUUUGUCUCAGCUCUGAUGCUGCCCGCUCUCGCUCUGGGAGCUGCCAUCGAGCCCCGUGGCGCUGAUAUCGUCGGAGGAACCGCCGCUGCUCUCGGCGAGUUCCCCUACAUCGUCUCUCUGUCCACCCAGGGCUCUCACUUCUGCGGUGGUGUUUUGGUCAACGCCAACACCGUCAUCACUGCUGCUCACUGCUCUGUCGACUUCUCUGCCUCGCAGGUCAAGGUCCGCGCCGGCACUCUUACCUGGGCUUCAGGCGGCACCCAAGUCGGCGUCUCCAGGAUCAUUGUGAACCCCUCCUACAACUCACGUACCACCGACUUCGACGUUGCUGUCUGGAAGUUGGCCAGCUCCAUCCCUGAGAGCUCCACCAUCGGCUACGCCACCCUUCCCGCUGCCGGCUCUGACCCUGCUGCUGGUUCCAUCGUCACCACCGCUGGCUGGGGCACCACCACCGAGGGCAGCUCGUCUCUCCCCGCCAGGCUCAACAAGGUUUCCGUCCCCGUCGUCUCUCGUGCCACCUGCCAGGCCGAGUACGGCAGGUCUGCUGUCACCACCAACAUGUUCUGCGCCGCUCAGGCCCAGGGUGGCAAGGACUCUUGCCAGGGUGACAGCGGCGGCCCCAUCGUUGAUGCCAACGGCGUCCUCCAGGGUCUCGUUUCUUGGGGCAAUGGCUGUGCUGAGGCCGGCUUCGCUGGUGUCUACAGCAGACUCGGCAGCCUUGUUAGCUUCGUCAACGCCAACCUUUAA